AUGGUCAACAUUUGUGAGCAUUUGGACCCGAUCGACUUGUAAGUUUGACCCAAAAAAAAAGAGUUCAUCAAUCUAUUUUUCCGCUUUUCAGAAUCGCCCUCCAAUUCCAGUCGGACGUCUGGAGAUCAGUGGCCAGGCGUACAAUGAAAGCGCAAGAAUUGGAAACGAGAUUCUCAUUCAAGAACGUUCCGUCGUAUGACGAAAGCCCGCUCGUCGAGUUCGAAAUUUCCAUGCCAAAUGGUUCGGCCUUUCAAAUUUUGUUCGAGAGGCCGGAUCCUUCUACAACUCGGCAGAUAUUGUCGUUCGGCGACGGUGAGAAGCGGUCGCUCAUCUGCAAAAGUGCCAAUUUCGAAGAACUCUUCGAGAACAUGACCGCCCUCAAGACUAUUAUCGAUUGUUCGUAUCGAUCGGUCGAAUCGGAUGACGCGUGGGUGACGGAGUAA